AUGGACAACGUCCCGGAUGAUAUCCUAAUCCUCGUCUUUGAGAAAUUCACCUCUUUUUUCGAGCUAGACCAGUCACCCACUCUACUCCUGCCAAUAUGUAGGAGAUGGAGGAACCUUAUACUCGCUACGCCCUCUCUGUGGGCGAGUGUGAAGCUCAGAGUGACUUCGAUGAAGGACGCGAAGAGAGUUCUGGCCAAAGCAGGACAAGGACACGGACUUGAAGCUUAUCUACGACGUUCAGAUCCCCAACUAUCCACUUCGCAGCGUAUGGGAGACAGCUUUGGCGUCGGGCUCCAUAUCCACCUUAUCUGGACUUCGGCGACCAAAGGCCUCACAGACGAGGAACACUUGCACACCUGCAACGUAUCUCCUCUCAGUCCAUUCGCUUGCCCCUCUUCUAUUUGCCAACUGAUCCCGGAACGUCAGAGGCUAUUCAUCCGUCUGGUUGAAAUCGUUGCUGGGAAAUACCGACCUGGCUUCGAAGGGAAAGCUUCUCGACUCGCUAGAUGGGAGUCACUUCGAAUCGCAGCAGGCGGCAUUUUCUCUCAGAUAUGGCCACCAAGCGAAUUACAUCUAUUUCCGCAAACAACUCUUGCGGAUAGAGUCGUCAUACCGAGACUCGAACGACUAUGUAUGGUUUUAUCGAGCGGCUUGGAGUUUAAAGCUCCAAGUCUCCGACAUCUCGAGCUUCGAGGGGCCUGGAUCCCGAGCACGGCAAACCUGGAAGGAGUAGAGACGCUACUGAUUGUAGCGACAACCUCCCGAUACUCUCUCGAGUUUCCAAGUCUGAUCAACGUGACAACGUUGAAGAUUCAAGGAGACUCGGUUCUAGUCAAGGCCAUCACGAGAGAGAUACGAAAUCCAAACUUUGAUCAGCACGCAUUUCUUCCUCGACUCCGGCAUCUCGUCUUUCUCUCGGCUCCCCCAAACGACACUCUCGUCGCCCUCCGACACAUAUUCGAUGAUCGACGCACGCUAGAGACGAUGAGUGUCACGGUGGACAUUGAGAUAGAUACCCAGUUCUUUGAUGCUUUGACCGCCCGACUCCUUGAUGGGACGUGUCCACGGAUCCAGACGCUCGUCCUCAUGUCGUGGAGGAUUGUCAAAGCAAAGGAAGUAGACGGUCGCGUCGACUGGGACGGCAUUCGCCAAUGGACUCUGCCUAGUACCUUUUAUCUUGAUAAACUUGGCAAAGCCCUGGAUGCCGCCGUCGCCAAAGGAAUCGUGCUCAAACUACCGGAGGAUCCGUACAUUCAACGAGCAGUCGAGGCUGCAAAGGAGGGCGCGAAACAAUAA